AAGAAUACAACCCAGGGGUACAAAAUGAUCCCAAGGCGUACGGAUAGAGCUAAACGGUAGGCAGUUGUGUAUGAAAACAAUUGCUGCAAACAUCUUGUGAUCGGAACAGACCCAGACUGACGACAUAAGUGGCUCUUCACGGGGCGAGAAGACAGUCGAUGAACGGCGCUUAUAAAACGCCCAUCGCACGGCACGGAAGCUCACGCACAACAUAGAGGGAAAACCUUCAGCACACGCGCAAUAAUUCAAACCUUUGCAUCUUUUCCUCACUACUUCGAACGUGGUCAACAUGUAAUAAGUUUGGCGCUGAUUCUGUGCAAACGUUUCAGCAUUAAUUUGUGCCUUUCUUCAUUGCAGCAACUGAUGAUUCAGGAGAUGAGUAGCAUUGUCUCAUUGAUUGCGUUGAGCGUGCAGAGAUAUUGAUAGAUUGAUGUGAUCAGCAGCAUCAGUCAGUCUUAGUUUAGUGCAUUUGAUGUGCUUCUGAAUUAAACGGACAAACAAACAAACAAACAAACAAACAAGCAAAAACAAACAACUUUUCUGAAACUCUGUCCGGAGCAUUGGACGAAAGAGAGAAGCAACAACAAGACUGUAAACAGCAUACCAACAAAAAGGACUGAAAAAACUAACCUAUUUCUUUUUACUCACAGAAUUCGCAAAAAAUCUGAACUAAUCAUGACUCUGCAAGAAAAACUAGACCUGAUCGACGAAGAAAUUCGCAAACUCCAUCUAUUUUGCACCAAAUCUGGCUACAGCUCCCGCCAAAUCGAGCGCUUCGCCCACCCGUUCUUCGCCCGAGAUGUGCACGACAUGGCCCCGAGCAUCUGGCCCAGUGGAAAGGCCUGGAAGCGACGUAUUGUGUCGCUCUCCACGGUGGUCAUAGCGGCCGCUUUGCUCUUCCGGUUUGACCCCGCCUACCAGCUGGUCUGUGCUGUCAGCAAGAAGGGAGCCAUUGAGGU